AUGCAUUUUGCUUUGCCAAUAAUCUUCCUACUACAAUUACUCACUUGUUUCUUCCCUAUUGUGCAGCCACUUUGCCUCAGUCAUGACAGACUUGCCUUGCUGCAACUCAAGAAUAGCUUUACAAUAGACAAGGACGCUUCAGAAGAAGCAUCGGCUUAUUCCAAGGUUGCAUCAUGGGCUUCGGAGGGGACGAACCACGACGAGUGCUGCUCAUGGGAUGGUGUCAAGUGUGACCAAGACACCGGACAUGUAAUUGGCCUUGACCUGACAAGCAGUUGGCUUUACGGUUCAAUUGACUCCAAUAGCACUCUUUUCAAGCUUUCUCAACUCCAGAACCUCAGCCUUGCUGAUAAUGAUUUCAAUGAUUCUCCAAUACCCUUUUCCAUUGGAAGUUUAUAUUCUCUGAAGGUCUUAGAUCUUUCAGGUUGUCAGUUCUCUGGAUUGCUUCCACGUUCUCUGGGUGGGUUAAGAGGCCUUAGUUUCUGUUACCUCGCGUAUAACAACUUGACAGGUCCUAUCCCUUCUUCUCUUCAAAACCUGACACAUAUAACUGAGCUAUCUUUUGCUUAUAAUCAAUUGCAUGGUCAACUUCCAGCUUGGCUUGGAAACCUUACUCAGUUGACUUGGCUGAAUCUUAGAAACAAUAUGUUGCAUGGUGUUGUGCCACAUUCAUUUUCUGGACUACGGGCACUUGAAGCUCUUCUCCUCAGUCACAAUGAAUUGAAAGCUACACUGGAGAUCGAUAUGUUUCUUGACAUGAAAUAUCUAAGGAGGCUACAACUUUCAGGUAACAAGUUAUGGUUGCGUACUGAGACCAACAAUUCAAAUGCAACUGUUUCCAAGUUUGAGGUGUUACACCUUGGUUCGUGCAAUCUAAGCAACUUCCCCAGUUUUCUGCGCUACCAACAAAAACUUAAGAUAAUUGAUCUCUGGGAAAACCAAAUUAGUGGGAAAAUACCAAAGUGGUUAUGGAACACUAGCAGAGAAUCAUUGGGGAAAGCUGAUUUUUCUAGAAACUCAUUGACGGGCUUUGACCAAACUCCUCCUGUUGUGCUCCCAUGGGUUCGUCUGGUUUCACUAGACCUUUCACAAAACGCUUUGAAAGGAUCACUACCGAUUCCUCCAGCGUCCAUCAUCCAGUACGAUCUCUCGGACAAUGAGCUAAGUGGAGAGAUUUCACAGUCAUUGGGCAACAAAAGUUCCCUACAACUUGUUGAUUUAUCCAACAACAAUUUGAGUGGUGUGCUUCCGAGAUGCUUGGAAGAAGAGCUUACCGAUUCUUUGUCGAUUCUAAAUCUGGCAAGCAAUAACUUUCAUGGUACAAUUCCUCAAAUAGGAGCCCAUGGAAGCAAAUUGCAGGCCAUUGAUCUAGGCCACAACCAGUUAGAAGGACCCUUACCAAGCUCCUUGGCCAAUUGCACCAUGCUUGAAUUCCUAAACCUUGGAAACAACAAACUCGAUGAUGGAUUUCCUUCAUGGUUGGGUGCUCUUCCGAAUCUCAGACUUCUUCUGUUGAGAAAAAACAAACUCCGUGGAGUUAUAAACGAACCAGUUUCAGACUCUGGUUUUCCAAAGUUACGUGUUAUCGAUCUCUCGCACAACAGAUUCACAGGUUUGUUGCCACCUCACUACUUAACGCAAUGGAGUGCCAUGAAACGCGUUAACAUUACCCAAUCGUCGUAUUUAUCUGGGGAUUUUGUAUUUUUUUAUUACGAUAAUACUACUUACUGGGGGUCUUAUACGUACUCGAUGAAUAUAGCGAACAAAGGCACUGACAUAGCUUAUAGCAAUAUUCAAGCAAUAGAUUUGAAGGAGAGAUUCCUCGAGGCAUUGGGAGUUUGCAAGGGCUUCAGGUGCUCAACCUUUCGAAUAACUUGCUGA